AUGAAUGACCCCGGCCUCGACGAUGCCAUCGCCAAUGAGGCCAAUGUUCUAGACCAAUCUUCAACUGGGCAGGGAGCUAAGAGUAUUUCUUCCGACGAGAAACAGGGUGGUGCAGAUGCAGAUGGCCCUCAUGCAGCGCGGUGGUGGUUGGCCAGUACUGCAUACCCGUUGGCAGCAGGUACAUUUGGGCCCAUGGCUAGCGCUUUCAGUGUAUGCUCUCUGUCACAGCCAUGGCGAAUGGAACUUGGGGGUAAAGAGAUUCCCGAUCCGAAAUGGGUGUCCGCGAUCAAUGCAAUCUCCUUGUUCUUUGCCCUCAUAGCCAACCUGUUCCUAUCCCUAAAUAUGGCGCGCCGGAUUCGCUUCGAGGUUGCUCAGCCGAUCAUGAUUAUCGGUUGGUUCAUUUCAUCAGCACUCCUCAUCGGGAUCCUCAUUCCCGUCGGGGUAUUGAUGUACAGGCCCGAGAACGACGGACUCAUCUACGCACAGAGCUAUUUCUACGGAGCCUUCGCCGCCGGUUUAUAUUUUAUCAUCUCGUCCCUGCUCACUGUUACGGCAUAUGGGGCUUAUACGGGCCACUAUGAUCGAGAAUUCAAAUUGACAACCAGUCAGCGGACACUCAUGCUGCAAACGAUUAUAUUCUGCAUAUAUCUGCUUCUAGGUGCUGAGGUCUACGCUACGGUAGAAGGAUGGCGAUUUUUAGAUGCCGUCUAUUUUGCCGACUAUACCCUGCUCACCAUUGGUGUUGGGAAUUAUUCCCCCGCAACGCAUGUUGGCCGUGGUCUCCUCUUCCCAUACGCAAUUGGCGGUAUUCUUAUCCUUGGUCUGAUCGUCUCGUCUAUCCGGACUCUCAUGCUCGAGCGUGGUCGACAAAAGAUCGCUGAGAUUCUCACGGAGCAUACACGCCGACUAUUCGUCAAGCAAGCUGCUUCCGAUCGCCAUCGUUUUCGGGGUUUCAUUCCAAAUCUAUCAGCCGCGAAUGACGAAAACACCGACAUCAGCGAGCGCGAGCGACAGAAACUAGAGUUCAUCACCAUGCGUCGUAUACGCCAGGUAUCCACCGUCCAGUAUAAGUGGGUUUCCCUCCUCAUUUCGCUGGUGGUGUGGAUGGCGCUUUGGUUAAUCGGCGCCGUUGUUUUCUGGCGCUCCGAAGACGAAAGGAAUUGGACGUACUUCGAAGCGCUCUACUUCGCCUACACAACCCUAUUAACCAUCGGGUAUGGCGAUUUCUACCCAAUAAGCAGUCUAGGCAAAGCAUUCUUCGUCUUCUGGUCUCUCCUCGCCGUCCCAACAAUAACUAUCCUGAUUUCCAACAUCGGCGACACACUCAUCGGCUCCAUCCGCGAUCUAACCAUCUUCUUCGGCGAAAUAACAAUCUUACCAGGCGACGCGCCUUUCGUCGACCGCAUCCGGGACGUAGUACACGUCUCAUGGCGAGAGCGACGAGAGAGAUGGUUACAAGAAAUCACCGGCGAGCAUGACAAUGCCCAAGAGAUUUUCAGCAGAUCAGGAACACCGAAUGGAGAACGGGAAACUACCAACACCAACAUGCCAACUCCACCACCAUGCGCCGAACGCGCAGGCCUCGAAGCAGAAGAGCAUAAAAGGGAAGAAUCUGCCCGUGCGCGCGGCGAUGUAGCCGCCGAGAACCUACACCACUAUCACUAUCUACUUUUCCGAGAAAUUCGCACAAUGCUGGACUAUGCGCGCAGCAAUGCGAAUAAGGAAUUCGAUUAUUUGGAAUGGGAGUAUUAUCUUUCUCUAAUUUCUGGGGAGAAGCAUAAACCCGCUGCUCCUGUUCCGGAUACGGCGAGCGAGAAGCAGAGGGAUGAAGAUCAGGUGCAGAAGUUUCGGGGCUGGAGCUGGAUUGAUAAGAGGAAUCCUUUGGUUGGGGAGAAGAGUGAGGUUCAGUGGUUACUGAAUGCGUUGACGGAUGCUUUGGAGCGGGAAUUGAAAACUGCUAGUCGGGCUUUUCACCGACCGGGUGGAAGUGAGGUUGAGGUGGAGAAGAUCAGUUCUGCUGCUGGCAGUAGAUAG